AUGGAGAACGCAGCCCCUGAUAAAGCCACCUGUGUGUACGACGCAGUCUAUGCAAAAGAGGAUGAUUUUAACCCGAAAUUGCAUCGUUCUGAUCGACGACACGAUAAAAUGUAUGGUUUGCAUACUAACGAUGAGGUAAGAAGUGAACAAACCAAAGCUGUUCCUUCACUGUCUUCCUCGAUCUACGGACAUCGCCUUGAGAACGAGUUGGAAUUCAAAGAUCGAUCACAUGUGCGAACUAUGCUUGUUCAGGGCGAGUUCUUCCGACGCAACGGGAUCGAUCUUUGA